CUUGUUUGACAGACGCUUGUACUGAAACAUCCCAAGUCGCAGACCUUAGGCGAUUCCACAUUCCGAUCGCCCAUCGUCUUCCUCCUGUGGCUAUCUGUCACUCCGAGUGGAUCACGCACUUACGCAGCCCUAAUACACCGAGUGUGCAAUCAGAAAAGCUUUGGUCUUCCGAUUUCAGAUCUGCAUCUGGAUGGCGAGUACUUCUUGUUUUAUGAUCGUCAGUAGGAAUGACAUUCCCAUCUAUGAAGCCGAAGUUGGAGCUGCACAAAAAGAGGAUGCUGCUCAUCAACACCAGUUCAUAUUACAUGCAGCACUGGACAUUGUUCAGGAUAUGGCGUGGACUACCAGUGCAAUGUUCCUGAAGGCAAUUGACCGGUUCAAUGAUUUAGCUGUUUCAGUAUAUGUCACCGCGGGCCAUACCCGGCUGAUGCUGCUUCACGAUUCUCGCAAUGAUGAUGGAAUCAAAAGCUUCUUCCAAGAAGUUCACGAGCUUUAUAUAAAGUCUCUUCUUAAUCCCCUCUACUUACCUGGCUCUCGAAUUACAUCAUCUCAUUUCGAUACAAAGGUCAGAGCUCUCGCUAGAAAGUAUCUCUAAAGAUUGUGAAGGAACCUCACCGCCUACCUGGUAAUGAAUGUUUAGCAGUAACAUAUUGUAUUUUCCUAUUCAAUUAUCUUUUUUUGCAACUUUGCAAGACACAACUCUUACAAGUUAUAAAUGAUACUUAAUAUUUAAAGUUUUCUUUGUUACCUUGACUAUAUAUGUAUAUUCAUUAAAAAUCAUUAUUCUUGUUCGUUAA